CUUUGUUUACAUCCCGCAGUCAAGUGAGUUUCAGUCUGUCUACUGUAAAAUCCCCUCGACGAGUCAGUGGAAGACGGAAAGUUGAUGAAGACGUUUCCAUGGAGGAGCUCACCAGAGGAAUUAAUCAUCCACUCCCCGUUGGAGCGCCAGCCACUUAGCUGCUGCACACUUCCUAAUAAACAAGCCGCCGUGCCACGUCCCUCCUCACAUUCAGACUGGACCGUAAGCAGGAUCGCCAGGAUGCCGAGUCAGCUGGAGGGCGCCAUGGACGCUCUGAUCACGGUCUUCUACAACUACUCUGGGAACGACGGCGACAAGUACAAGCUGAACAAGGGCGAGUUGAAGCAGCUGCUGAACAGCGAGCUCACCGACUUCCUCACGUCUCAGAAGGACCCGAUGCUGGUGGAGAAGAUCAUGAACGACUUGGACUCGAACAAGGACAAUGAGGUGGAUUUCAACGAGUUUGUGGUCCUGGUGGCCGCACUCACCGUCGCCUGCAACGACUUCUUCCAGGAGCAGAAGAAGAAAGCCAAGUAGCAUUCAGCCCAUGUUUACUUUGUGUCUCUCCCGCAUUUAUUGACGGUCAAGUUCUGGCCUGAACGAGGCCCACAACAAACCUCACGUCCAUAUUUCAAGCCAGUUCCUCCCUUGUGCUGUUGUAAAUGUUCCAGAGUCAAAGAAAUAAGUCGCUUUUCGCGUAGGCACUAGCGUUGUUAUCAUCCAACAACAUCUCAUCGUACUGCUGUUUUUGUGUUACUCCACUAGGUGUCGCCUCCCACUCUGAAAACUGAAGAUGAUUUUUAUUUCAUCCUUCUUUCUCUCAAUAUUUCCUUCA